AUGGUAAGAAGAUUUGUGAGAGACAGAAGAGAAGAGUUGCAGGGAAGAAGACUAACUUUGCCAUCAAUUAUAAGAAGAUUUGAGAGGGACAGAAGAGAAGAGUUGCAGCGAAGAAGGCUAAUUUCGGCAUCAUUUAUAAGAAGACUUGAGAGGGAAAGAAUUGAAGAAUUGCAGCGAAGAGGACUAAUUUUGCCAUCAUUUAUAAGAAGAUUUGAGAGAGAUCUGGAAAGAAGAGAAGAAUUGCAGCGAACAAGACUAAUUUUGCCAUCAUUUAUCAUAUACAUUAUGGUAAGAAGAUCUGAGAGAGAUCUCGAACAAAGAGAAGAAUUGCAGCGAAGAACACAAAUUAUGCGGCUGCGAGAAGUACUGAUACUUGAUGAAUUACCAAGGAGAUCAAUGCAUAUCAGAGAAGAAGUCACUCCUGCUUUGAAUUCUGUUUCAACAACAGAAAAUGAUUUCCUGCAAACACCCCAACCUGAAGUUGCAUCUCAGCAAAUGAAGAGGGAGGCAACAGAGUUGAUAGGCGCGCUUGAUACCAUCAAAAUAUCUACUUCUCAAAUGGAAGAAGCUCCUCGCUGUGUAAUUUGUAUGAAUGAUUUCAUGGUGGGAGAAGAUGGGUGUGUACUGUCAUGUCACAAAACUCAUAUUUUCCACCAUGACUGUCUUCGCCAAUGGUUAGAGUGCAAGAAAUGCUGUCCACUCUGUAAAACAGCAGUGCCUUACCCAUAUCAGUAG